CUAAAGAACUCACUUUUUAGAGCGUUAUAUGAAUAAUUUUUGGUUCAUUAACAACGGCGCCAUGUUUUAUAUUUUGACAAAUUAAAACUGCCAAAUUGACAGUUAUAACUUAUAAGCUGUCAAAUGUCACGAUGUAAGUCGACGAUAAACAAAUUCGUUUCACGUGUUAUGAGAGUACAACGACUCUGAACGUGAUUAUAUUCGGUGUUAAAGUGGUGCAUCAGUUCCUUGUUGUUCUUUUCCGUAUUUCCUCAUCUACUUUUGUCUCAGUUCCAGUUCGUGUCAGUGUAUACUGCGGUGAUGAAUCACGCGCUUCUAAGGUCGUUCGUCAUUUUCCUUGGACAUUACUGGAAGUAACUCUGAACAUUGAAAACAAAUCUUAAACUGUACCUCGGACGACAGUAUCUCCGUGAGUUUUCGUAUGAUAUACUGAAGACGUUCCGUAUGCAACGUGAUUUUGGAAACUUCUGGUUUUAUACCUACCCCUCCGUCCAGGGGAGACGGAGGAUCUUAUGUGGGAUUCACGGGCCAGAAGGGCCCACGGUACCCACUAAAACACCAGCGAUCACUCUCCUCACCGCCUGGUGGAUCGACGCAGGAAUCUCUCAAGGCAUGCAUCCGCGACGAUCCGGCGGCAGGCCGCGAACGGCCACCUCCCCCCGAGGGCCCACUCCACGUGACAAGGAGCGUCCUCCCGCCUGGCGGGCUUGCUUAAUCGCGAGAGGGUUAACCCCUUACCUCUCCCACCCAAGCCCACGCGGCCAGUCUCCAACUAUCCACCGCCGAGCGCAAGCGUCCAACGGCAGACAGAGCGGAGACCGGCCAUCAAGCGACCCGGACCUCCGAAGAGGCCUGAGUUUCCGUUCACCGCAUUCAGCGGCGAACCCCCCCCUCGUAACUGAUUGCACCGGUUACCCGGUGGGCGAUGGGGUCGUCACGUCCCGACGCCAAACGCGGCAGCCGUGGACGGCAGCCUCCUCCAUGGGCUGACCCCCAGCCCUGGACCAAGACCCCACAAUGAGGUCAAGGUCCUCCCCCCCGUGACUGAUUGCACUGGUUACCCGAUGGGCGAUGGGGUCGUCACAUCCCGACACCAAAAUGUAUUAGUUAUACUUGCUCGGUAUUGUUAAAAUAAUAUGAUGUCAAGUGUAAUGUAGGUAGAUUAAUUUAUUUGUAUUUGUCUCUGUCAGUCAGUUUGCUACUUAGCAGAAUACAGACGACGAAUUUAAUAUAGUUUCAUUGAAUACUACAGUUUAUAAAACAUAAUUUUGCAAUAUUUCCUGGGGGCUUUUUUAAAAAGUUCAGUAUUGCAAUAUAAGUUGAGAUCAUACAAGCAAUAAAUUUAUUUGUGUGCUA